CUCUCAGGUAUGAGGAGGAGGAGACGCAGCUGUGGCGGCGGCCAUGUUGUUUGUGUGAUCAGCAGCAAUAGCAGCGACAGUGUAUUCCCCCCGACACUUCUACCCCGCCGUGAGCGGUUCCCGCACACCGUCCCUCUCGUGUUUUCGCCGGCCCUGCAACGCAGCACAGCGGCACGAUGAGCAGCGGAACCCCGUACCUGGGCUCCAAAAUCAGCCUCAUAUCCAAGGCCGCGAUACGCUACGAAGGGAUUUUGUACACAAUUGAUACUGAAAACUCCACUGUGGCUCUGGCUAAAGUCCGUUCCUUUGGUACCGAGGACCGACCCACUGACAGACCCAUCCCCCCUCGUGAUGACACCUUUGAGUACAUCAUCUUCCGAGGAAGUGACAUCAAAGACUUGACUGUGUGUGAGCCUCCAAAACAAACCAGUGCAUUUCCUCAGGAUCCAGCCAUAGUCCAGUCAUCCAUCAGCACCAGUUCAUCAUCUUCUGCUCCGACACAGUUCCAGUCUUCUUCCGCCUAUGGUCUUUUCAACCGGGCCCCAGUUCCUGCCUACAACCAGUUCAGUUCCAGUCCCCUGGUGUCGCCUCAGUUUGGACCUGUUGGAGUCGGUCGCAGCAGUCCAGCUUUGGACCCCCUCAGAAAAAGUCCAACCCAGGAGCCGGUGGUCCAGGUAACUCCAUCAACUCCGCCUACUGCCUCCUCCGCAGCUCCUAGCUCCAAGCCCACCACAGGCCCUGCCCUUGCCCCUGCCCCUGGUCUAGGAUGUUCCCGAAGUCCUGCCCACAAUCACACAGCCUUAACCGGCGGUGGACAGGGCAGAGAGAAAGUCCAGAUCCAGGAUGGCCUGGAUUCAAAAAGGGCAUCCAACGUGGGGCCAGCCAAUCGACGUGGUCGAGGGGGCGGGCACCGCGGCAGAGGGCGAUUUAAUGUCCGCAGAGAUGGGCCGAUGAAGUUUGAGAAAGACUUUGACUUUGAGAGCGCCAACGCUCAGUUCAACAAGGAAGAGAUUGACCGCGAGUUCCAAAACAAGCUGAAGCUGAAAGAUGAGAAGGUGAUGAACGGAGAAGAAAAGGGUGAGUCCGGGGUGGAGACGCAGAACAGUGAAGGAAAUGCCCAUGAUGGGUCUGACCCACUCGGCCCAAACUGCUACUACGACAAGUCCAAGUCCUUUUUUGACAACAUUUCCUGUGAUGACAGCAGGAAAGCAAAUGAGAAAAGCAGAGGCACGGCUUUCCCUCAGGAGCGGAGACAGACUUGGGCCGAGGAGCGCAGGAUGAAUGCAGAAACUUUUGGAAUUCCUUUACGUCAUGGCAGAGGGCGCGGCGGUUACCGUGGACGCGGCGGAGGUGGUGGUUACCGCAGCAGCCGGGGCCGGAUGUCCAGUCGAGGGUUCUACGGAACGCUGCAGGGGGGAGGCGGCGGGUUCAGGGGCGGGUACAGAGGAAACCAGGCGGGGCGGGAGUUUGCUGAUUUGUCAGCGUACAGGAAGGACAAUAAAGUGUCGGUGUAGUCCGAGGGAGACGCUUCUGUGACGGCACACCUUGAAGAUUGUUGUAAAUUUGUCACCAGCACUGAACACGACUCAACAGAACAAACACCUGCAAUGACGUAACCUUUCCUCUCCUGUUGGUUUGUCCGCAGUACUUCCUGUGACACCUGCCGACCGAGCUUUACCAAGGGGGUGGGGCCACUCUCGGCUUUCUAACCUAAGACAAACGCUGUAGUUUCCAGCGGUUCUCGAAGUCUAAAUGAUAAAUGAUUGACAGCUCUGUCUCACCGUAACUGACGCCAAUGCGUCUUGAGUCUCAGGUGGAAAAAGUCACGUUCACGUGUUUGUUCCCUUUUGCAGCUGUUAGCUCAGUACCAGAAAAUUGCACACUUCUGACAAAAGGGUCGGUGAUGCACGCAGAAGAACAACCUGUAAUUAGAACCGUGAACCAAAGAUUUAUUUUUGUCACAGAUGAAUUGAUAAACUUCCUACCAACCUUUUCUUCCACUGCAAUUUUGCCUGUGUUUUAAAUGCCGUAAAUAUAUGAAAUCAAAUACUUUAUUUAAUGUUUUAAAAAAUGCAGAAAAAAAGUGACGUAAAACUCCGGAACUUCACCGCCACAAAAAUGUCAUUUUAUCCACACUACAAUUUUGUUUUUGCUCAGUUUCUGUGACGGGAUAUGAUUCGUUAAAAGACUAGUCAUUUAAUGCUGUUUUGGUUAAGCUUCUUACUGCCCCCCUGUGGUCGACAAAGAAAAUGUUUGGUUUGCAGUUCUUGCUCUUAAAAUUGAAAAAUAUAGUGAUUCCAAAUUGUGUUCUUCCGAAAGGCUCUAUCGCUAAUGCUAACAUCCAACGUCAGAGUCGCAGAAACAACAAACUUGGAUGAAGGAUGGAAUAAUGUAGGAUUUCGUUACAAUAAUGUUGCAUAUUCUUCAUUUUGGUAAAAAAAAUAAUCUUGAAACGAUAUAAUCGGUGUAAUUCUACAAAGCUGGCCAAAACAGAGAUCAGAGUACCAACAGGUGUCGCUGCGGGAAAUGUUAAUGACAUCUGUAAUCACAACAAAUGUGUUCCUUAUAUAUGCAAACGAAGUUGUGAAAACGCCACUCAAUACGAAAAGUUGGAGCGCGGAUUAAAGACUCCGCUUCUUUUUACAAAUCUACAUUCAUUCUUUUUGAAACUAAGUUAUAUCAGAAACUCACAGCAGAAACGCCUGUGUGGUGCAAUUGUGAGGGGGAAGUUCCAACAACUAUCGUUGUGGGUCUCAAACUCUGGCCCGUGGGCAGCGUCUUCUCAACUACGAUUGUUUUAUCAUUAGGAGCAAAAACAUUCAAUGGACACGAAAAAAAAAAAUCAAUAAAAAGCUAUGUUUGA